AUGUCACCACACAUCCCCAGAGCCGACGGCGCGCACACUUCCGACGGCGGCUCAGAUCCUAAUGCGAGCUUUAUGGAUAAACAUUCCCCAUGGUCGUAUGUGAUACUUGGAGGGGUUUGUGCCGCUGUCCUCUUGUUCUGCCUCUACGCUCUCUGGCGAGGUCCGCAGCGCGCCUUUCUCCCUCUCGAUGCCCUUUUAUGUCGCCGGAAAAAGAACAAGAAAGCUCUAACAGCAUCUCCAGAAAGGGAGCAAGGUGUCGGUCAGAGUGCUGGGCAGAAGGUAUACUUGACAGAUGUACGGCGCGCGGCACAUACCCUUCACAAGAAACCACCUCCGGGGUUUCUGAAUGAUAGGAAGAAUCAACAAACGCCAAAUCCAACGUCGACGGAAAGGCAGAAGGGCGAAAUUGGGCGCAGAGCGGGAGGGACUGCGAGUCGGGCGGGGACAAUCUCGUCGUCUGGGCAUCCAGCGUCGAUGAUGGAUACGGGGACACGGCCUCCGCUGCAGAGGCAAGCGAAUGGGACCCAGACGAGUAUCCCAAGUGGGUCCGACCGUCUUGAGAUGUUUCAUACCCCUCAAAGCAGAAUGGACGGACAGUCUUGGGCGCCCAGUGGCUCGUAUGACAGUGGUUCAUCGACAUCAUCCCUGCCGAGUUCCAGGUCUGUGUUCCGUCAGCAGACGUACACUCCUCCAAUAAACAAACCCACCAUAGGGAGAUCCCAUCAUAGCUACUCGGAAAGCACGCCCAACCUGACGACCGCUUCUCCAAACACAUCCCAGGUCAUCUACGCCCCAUCGCCUGUGCACGUACGAUCGCGCUCGACGGGCACAUCUCCGCUGGUUCCUUCUCCUUUGGGGACUCCCCCUUUGCCCACUACCAGGCAGAGCAUGGCCGCCAUACCGAGCCCUAAGCUCGGACCCAGGGUCCAGUUUUCUCCUCUGUUACUACCCAAGAGAGGCGUCUCUACAGACAGCCCACUGGCCACUACGCCGCCCACUCUGCCUAGCGCCCCUUCGCCGAGUCACGAUCGAGGGCAAGAACUGGGGGUAGCUAUCUAA